AACCGCGUGUGUGUCGGCCAAAAAAGUGCAAGCUUUCAGAAUCCACCACCGUUCGGCGGUGGAAAUAAAAUGGCCGCCAGCAGCCGAAGAGCGGCCGAAGGCGACAACAGCGCCAUAGCCGAUUUUGGAGCACUGUGAAGUGUCGAAGUUCAGUGAGUGUAGAUUUUUUAGACACACUUUUCCACGGAAAAACCCAUGAAAAUAGGGGAGUUUUCACUGUAAAUACAUUACUAACGUGCAAUGCAUGGUGGUGUGAUUGAUUUGGUGAUAUUGUGAUAAUCGUAGCUGUGGCGGAUCGUCUGUUUUUGUUAUGUAAAGAAAAGGCAGCCUCUCUUCUCGACCUCCUCCCGAUUCCCGUGUGUGUGCAGAUGGAGACGCAGGGGCGCACGUUUUCAUGGUGAAAAUUCCGUAAAAUUGGGACACAAGUGACGCCAAGUGGAGUGCAGAGGACUUUCGGCAGCCCCUGGUGCGUGCACAGUGCGACUUUGGGCCCUGGGGCAGCAGCCCGCGUGCGGGAGAGAGGGCGUCUCGCGGCCUGACCAAACCAUCCGGACGCACACAGCCCCUCUCCGUGGGGCUCCGCAGCAAUAUGGAUGUCUCCAGCCAACUGAGCGCCUCUCCGUGAAUUUUCCCAUUCCGUCUCGACUGGACAAAAAAUAGGAGAGUAUGGAAAAGGCGAAAGCCUACAUAAAGAACGAAUUGCGAGGUUCCUUGGCGCCGUCAGAGUCUCCCGGACAUCCUCAUCAUCCGGGUGCUGGUCACCAUGGAGCGCAGCAGCAGCCGUCAAAUGACAGUGCAGAGGGUGUAAUGUCAAUAUGCUUUGUGUGCGGCAUUCGUGGUGUGCUUGAGCAAUUCCCUUUGCGAGUGCGCCCCAAUCCGGAGCGGCCGAACGAGCCGAAUUUUCCCUUUCUCGAGGGUCAUGAGCCGCCCACGGGUCUGCCGGCGGUGUCGGCAUCGCAGCCAAUUGUGCGAGCGUGCUUUCUCUGCUACAAGUUGCUGAUGAAGCAGUGGGAGAGCCAUGAGCGCGACGGUCGCCCCUACUCACAGCGCCUGUAUCAUCUGAAGCGCCUGGAUGGGAAGGGCUAUGUGGGGGCCGACAUGUCUGUGCAGGGCGAGUAUGCGGCACAGAUUCUGGGCCUGAGUGCUGAACACUUGUCCAGUGGACAGCAGCAACCCUAUCAGCAGUAUGGGCCACGCGAGACGAGGCCAACAUCGCGAGAUGCCCAACUGCAUGCUCACUUGUCACCGUAUCCCAGUCAAAUGGUGGCGCGCAAUGAGAGCCCCAUUCGGCCGACAUCGCGAAAUGAGUCGCCGGUGGCCAAAGAGGCGUAUUACAAGCGCACCCCGGAUAUGUACAAUCGACCGUCCAGUAGGAAUGAGAAGAUACCAACGCCAACGUCGCGCCCUGUGUCGCGGGAGAACGUGAGUAGUGGUGGUGGUCAGGCGACGCAGGCCAGCGCAACACCACGUGUCAACUCAUAUGAGGGCAUCAGCAUAAGACCAUCAUCGUUUGCACAUCAUAAAUACAAAUUGGGCUCGCUGGGGUACAUGAAUGCGGCCAAUAUGGAGCAGCAGCAGCAGCUGAAGACGCAAUCGCCGUACACACUGCAACCGUCACCGGGACCGUAUCAGCAGGAUGAGGAGGGCGCCCUUGAUCUCCGCAACACGUCGUCACGCAGCUCAGAUUCAUCAUCGACAAUGCCUUCGGCCACGGACAUUCUCGAUCUCUCGAUGCCCGACAAGAAUUCCAUGACUGAGGUGUGCUAUGUGUGCGGCGAGGAGUACAGACGCGGCAGCUUGACGGAGUUGAGCACGGUGAUGCCCAAGGAGUUGAAGGAUCGCGACAAGCCGUACUUCCCGAUCUUCGGCGAGCAGCAUCCGCGGCCGGCGCGAUCGCGACCGAAGGAUCCCAAGGGCAUGAUUCAAGCCUGCAAACUCUGCUAUCAGCACAUGCUUCAGCAGUGGCAUCAUUUUCAGGCGCACAAUAUUCCAGAUAAUGAGCGUCACUACAAAUUGAGGAAGCGCCCAGCAUCGGUGGGUGAACGUGAGAGAGCGACAUUUGUUUGCUACACUUGCGGCACGGACACACCAUCGUCACAAUUGAGGCUUGUGUAUUGCUGCCCAAAUGCCGAACGUGAGCCGUAUUAUCCGUUCAUAAAGACACUGAAAGCCUUUCCCAAUGCUAGUCCUAUCAGUCCGCAGGGCAUGGUGCAAAUAUGUUCCUCGUGCAAUGAAAAGCAUUCGCACUUAGCUGAAGGUGGUGGUGCUACCAGCAUUGAUGGCAGAUUUACACCGUCCGAUAACAAGUCACAAGCCAAUUCGGAAUCCAGUAAUGUGCGGUUUAAGCCUUAUGAAACGCUAUCGCUCAAUUCGGCUGGGGCGGCAAUUGUGAGGGAUUCCAAGAGUUUAAGGCGGGAUUCGAGACCAAAUACACCACCUCAUUCGCAUGAGACCCUCGAGAAUGGCCAUGGACAGUAUCCAUGCUUCAUCUGCAAGGGUCUGUUUCCUGGCAAUCAAAUGGAGUGGUUAUCAACGUCAGCGGAGCACAUGAAUUCCCAUGCGAUGCAUUUUCCAUGCUUGAAGACAAGCGAAGGAGGCUCAAAUCGUGUGCUGGCGUGCACACGAUGUGUUACCCAUUUGGCGAAGCAGUGGGAGACAAUGGAUGCCGAGCGUGUACCACUUGAGCAUCGCCGGUAUAACAUUCCAUCGCCAAUACCGGCGGCGGGGUCGCCAAAUGGCUCUCGUGGAUUGGGUGGCAUUAAUACACCACCAUCGACACCAUCGGUGGCAUCAACACCGGCCAGCACGUCAAUUUACUGCUUUCUGUGUGGCCUUCAUUCGGACUUGACGCUGGCGCGUGUACUGUACGCCAGCAAGGAGGGCUCCAGGCCAUACUUUCCGUAUUUGCUGAAACACAAAUCACCCCCGAAUGCUGAACAAUUGCGCUCGGACUAUUCAGCUCUCGUGUGUACUUUCUGUUACCAUUCACUGCUCAGUCAGUGGCGAAAGUAUGAAGCUCAGAAUGCAGUGACGCCAAAUGAGAGGAAGUACAAUUGGCAUGACUAUUGCUGCCAUCUCUGUGGCAUCACAACAUAUCGCAAGAGGGUUCGAGCUCUGCCCAUCCGGGAGUUUCCCUUUGUUGCCAAUCGAAAGAGUGAUGGUGCUCUGCUGCUUGAGAAUGGGGACUAUGCUGUUGUCUGUCUUGAUUGCUAUGAGAGCCUGAGGCAACAAGCCUCAGAGUACGAUCGAUGGAAUGUUCCAAUUGAGAAGAGGGAGUACAAUUGGGUGCCACAGCCUCCACCACCGGAGGACAGUCCUGAUGUGUCUGUCGCUAGAUUGCCAAGUGGUGAACGUUCUGACAAAAUCAUGAGCUACAAACCAAAUUCUGCUAUGCGAUCGAAUCCCAACAAGAAAAACUGUUCUCCAAAGCAAUCAAGUGAUAAGAGAGAUUCAAUUCAACCAAAACCAGGUCAGAAGCGACCAAGUCCAGCACCGCCAAUCCCAUCGUCACCUCAUCUGCAUCAGACGGCGGCUCAGUUAUCGAAUCACGUGUCCAAUCACUUGCCUCCGGGCGCCGGCAGUGUGCCCGGUGUGGGCCAGAAUCCCGCCACGAGCGGUCGCGGUCCCUUCGCUUCGGCGCUGCGCAAUUUGGCGAAGCAGGCCGACAUCAAGGAUGAGGACGGGGCGGCGCCGGGCGGUGGGGUGUCUGCCGGCAGUGGCGGCGGCGGCGGCGGUGGUGGCGGCGCGAGCGGAGCCAAUGCCAGUGGCGCCGGUGGAAAUCUCAGCAGCGAUGCCGUGCGAGGUGUGAACAGUGGCGCGACGUCACUUAUGUCGACGGUGCAGCGGAGUGGAGCGCACGAUGGCAGGGCAACGGCAGGAGAUGGGCGUGGCAGUGGGAGUCAGACACACACGCCGGAUGUCAGACAAUCUGUGGUGGCAGAUGAUCGGGGUGUUAAUAAGAAGAGGACGUCAUCGCCGCCACCUGAGAAGAUGGCCAGACUCAGUGGUCCACCGAGUAUGCAACCUGACUUGGCAUUGGCUAGGAGUGGUUUUCAACCUUAUCGACCGGAUGAGCGUCUUGCUCAUCCGGCUGGUGCAUUUCCACUGGAAGCCUACACGUCAUUUGGCGCAAUUCCUGGUCUUCCGCCAGGGAGUCUCUUCAAUCCGGCUGCGCUGCAGUAUCCGGAACAGCUAUAUCUGGAUCAGCGGAUUCAGAGUAUGUUUCGCAGCGUAGGUCAUCAUCCGCAUGCACAUCCGCAUCCUCUCUAUUCACCCCUGGCAUCACCCUAUGCGCCCCAUCUCUACGGAAUGCUGCCCACGGGUGCGGCGCUGGGCUUGGGUGUUCCGGGAUUUCAUGAGCGUAUGAAGCAGGAGGAGGAGCACCGGGCAAGGAUAGCGCGCCAGGAGGAGGAGCGCGAGCGUGAGAUGCAGCAGCGUGAGAAGGAGCGUGAGUUGCGCGAGCAGCGCGAACGGGAGCAGCGCGAGAAGGAGCAACGGGAGCGCGAGCAGAGGGAAAAGGAGCAGAGGGAGAAGGAGCAGCGCGAGAAGGAGGCUCGCGAGCGGGAGUUGCGCGAGAAGGAGCGCGAGGCGAGGGAGAGAGAACGUCUGCACACGGCGGCCACGCAUCACUAUCCACCGCAAAUGUACUCACAUCCCUCCAUGAGGAAUAUGCCGCACAAUCUGUUAGGCCAGUUGCUGCCGCCGGGUCCGUCUGGGCUGGCGUCACUUACAAUGGGUCUGCGGCCGCCGCCGCAGUCUUCGCUGCACUCGAUAUCGCAGCUGUCGCCGUACCACACUUCGUCGCAGCGCCAGAGUCCUCACGCCGCCGCCAUGAGUCUCAACCUGGGCAUGGGCUUGCCGCCGAUGCCGCCCCACUCGGUGCAUUCGUCACUCAAUCUGUCGCACCAUCUGCCGCUGGGGCAUCCGUCUGGUGUGCCGGUGACGCAUCCCAGUCUGGGACACUCGCUGGGCAUGCCGCCGACGAGCCUGCAUCCCGGCCUUCUGGCGCACACGGCGUCUGGGAGUCUGAAUCUGAGCACGGCGUCACCCGCGGCGCUCAACUUGGGCGCCAAUCCGGCUCACAGUGUCAAUCUCACGGUGGAUCGUGAGCGAGAGCGAUCGAGUGUGUACGGCAGCUACCCGAUGCCCGUGUCGACUGCGAGCGGCGGCAUUCCGCGCAGUGUGUCCGCCAUUCCGGCUGUCACAUCGUCGGCACCGCUAGUGUCGCACUAUCCACCGACCAGGCCCUCGUCGCAGCCGCAGAGCACGUCGAGCGGCGGCGGCGCAAGCAAUAAUCCCACGGUGCCGAAGAGUCCUCAGACACCCGCCAGCGGGAAUGGGGUGAAUCUGGUGGCCAAGGCGCCACCGGAGCCAAUGAAUAGUGGCGAGAGUGUGGCGCCAAGUGGUGGGAAUCCGGUGGAAAACGGUGCCAAUUCGUCAUCGGACGAGAUGAGUGCGAAGGACAGUGAGAAUGGUGGCGCGCCGGACAAGGAGGCGGCGAAUCAGCAGCAGCCAACGAGCAAUGGUGGCGAGAAGAUGACUGAGGCUGCGAUGGGCGGCGAUGCGCCGGCGACGCAGGCGUCCAACAACGGCGAGGCGACGAAGGUGGCGAGUCCGCCGGCUGACGGGGUGGCUAAAAUAUUAAGUGGGGGAACUGACAAUGGUAGCAAUAGUGUUGAGAUAGCGGAUAAGGCACAGGCUCAGCAAACAGAACGCUUCCUGGGUGAUCAACUGAAGCAGCAGCAGUCAGAGAAUUGUGGGCAAAUGCCGUACAGCAGACCGAGUCAUCUGCCACCGUUUGAUUCAGCAUCGACACGCCAUUAGCCAAUUACUUAAGCGCCAGAGAGUGUUGUGUGUGAUUCAGAGUGUUUGCAAUGUGCGAGAGGAAAUCAAAAGUGUGCGCGCAGAAGACGAAGGGAGGUAGAAAAACUUAUCUCUUUCAUCAUUAAACCUAAAUUAAAGAAGAAGAAAUAGCAUAGAAUAUUCGCAGAAUGGAGUAAAAUUUCAAAGAUCUGUCUCUUUUGUCACCACGUUGAUUGCUAAUAAGAUUUUCAAGUCCUAUAACUCUGUAAUAAUUAACUUAAAAUAUUAUUAACUGUAUUAUAAAUGAUGAAAAAAAAAUGAAAUGAAGAUGAAAAAAAAAUGAAUAACACAAGAUGAUGAAAAAAGAAACUGUGAUAAAUUUACAUGGGAGAAAACAUUUAAAAAAAAAAAGUGCUGGCUGAGCAGACGAAUUUGAAAGGACAUCGUGUGUGUUUGAAGUAAAGAAAAGAAAAGGACAAAAUUCAAGUCACAUUAUUUUCAUUAGUCGGUUUUCUCACGAAAAAGAAAGAAAAAAUACAAUGUAAUAAUGACUUUUUGUAAUUGCUGUGCCUCUGUUUGCUGUUAUUCUUUCACACACCUCUUUGACUGCAGAUGAAAGACGAAGGGAUAUUGAAAUAAUCUUGCAAAACACCCCCUUUUUCUGUUUUUUUCUUUGUAGCAAAGAAAGCCAACACCAACAGGAGUUUAUAAACUAAAUUAAAGUAUAUAAAGUGGACACUGUAAAUAGCAAGAUGGACAAUUGCGAGAGAGAGAGAGAGAGAGAGAGCUUUAUUUGUGGCGGAGACAUGAAAUUUAUAUUGUGGGGACCGCGAGGAUAAGCAGAGAGAGUGAUUUCAAUUUGGGAUCUGUGAAUGAAAGAGGGAGAGAACGAUUGAGGAAGAGUGAGAGAUCCAACCCAAUUUGCUAAUAAAUGUGUGAAGAUAAUCUAUUUCAUAAUUACCGAUAUACAUUGAAAUAAAAUAUGACGGGGCUAAUUAAAAACUACUCAAAGUACAGAAAAUACAACAGUCUUUGUAUUCAUCACCAUU